AAGAAAGUAAACACGAGAAGCUGUAAACCGGAGAUCAAACCAAUGGGUUCAGCAUUCCAUGACGUAGCGAUAAGAACAUUAUGAUACCAUGUUAAAUUAUAUCGAUGUGAUGUCUGAUAUAUGGUUCAACCGAUACAACCAAUAGAUACGAUAUUAAUAGCCAACAUAGGCAUCUCCCUGACCUUCGUGACGAUAAUUUCACAAUAUGGUUCGACUGUUGGAGCUGAAGCCUGAAAGGGUAUCUGUAAAUGUUUCCAUACUGCACAAUUGAGAUGAUUGAACGAUGUUCAAGUGUGAUCACAGAUUCACAGGUCACCGAACGGGUGAAAUUCAUUCCUGAUGGGCCGAGGAAUGCUGUGGCUUGUUCAUGUAAAGUGGCUUAGCCGCUCUGGGCCCAGUUUACAAUGGUGAAGGGAGAAGCGCACACUUGGCCCAGUUUCCUAGUCUGCAAGUUUCGUUAUCCGAGAUCUGCUCACUCGCACCCAAACAAGCAUCGGGUCAUCUUCUUCCCCAAAGUUUUCCCGCGCAUUUCCUCUGAUUCCACCCAGCAGUCGGCAAUGGCUCCCAAAUCUGAUAGCCCCAAAGUUUUCUCAAUCUGCAUCUCUCGAUCUCGUUUCCUGUUCCGUAUCCUUCUUCAAUUAAUGUCGAUUUCCAGAUUCAAAAUUUCUUCUCCUACAUCGCUUCCGGCAAGCAAACAUCGAUUCUCCAUGAUUUAUUGAUUCUGUGAACUAGAUUCUCGAAGGAUUAGCAGAAAUCGUGCUCAAGUUCGUGAAUGAGGUAACGUAUAUUUUGCUCUUCAUGGUUUUCUCCUCUCGAAUCUUCCUAGUUCAUCCUCAGAUUAUGCUGUGUGGAUCGACCUGAUAAUCGAUGUAUUUCUUCAAGUCAAAGUUAAUUAGGUUUUUGAUUGUGUGAAUGGUUGUUCUCAGUUGAGGAUUCAAAAAUCUGCAUGCAAUUGCUUGAAGAAUCCUGAUUGUGAGAAUCCUGAUUCAGUUAGUUAUGGCUUUCUGAAUGUGAGAAUACUGAUUCGGUUCUAUUUGUGUAUGCCUUGUAUAGCAAAAUCGGCCGUUGAAUUCCCAAAAUGUAGCCGAUUCGUUGCAGAAGUACAACCUCAAGAAGACUGCCGUACAGAAAGCACUGGAUACUCUUGCAGAUACUGGGAAGAUAAAAGGCAAGCAGAAGAUAUACAUUGCUCGGCAGGACCAGUUCAAGAUCCCAAAUGCUGAAAAUCUUACUGAGAUGAAAGACGAUAGUGCUAAGUUGCAGCAGGAACUGGCUGAACAGAAGGCGACUACUGCAGGCAGGUAACCGUUUGAGAUUGCUUCGAUCAUCGCGAAACCUGUUUGUUUAUGCGGGUAUUGUGAUGUUACCUAACACCAUUGGAGUUUAUUGAGCUUUUCUGCACCUGGGUUUUAGUUCCACUAGUAGACGGUUUCAUAAUUGAAUCAGUGUAGUUAAUUUGUGAAUGCUGAUUGCAGAAAUCAAGGCUCUAAAGUCAAAUCUAACACUGGAAGAGAUUCGGGUUGAGGAAGGCGUACUAGAGAAGGAGGUUAGUCAUACUACUAGUGUUUUCCCCCCUUGUGAACUAAUUAAGAGUUGUACAAGAUUUGAGCCCAUUGCCUGUUCCUUUGUUUUGGCCUCAGGUGAAUGAAAUGGAGGAAAAGUUGUUUCCUAAUGCGUGGUGGAGUUGCCUUGGUGAAGCCAGAGGAGAGGAAAGCUGUUGGUGAAAUGUUUAAUGAUAGAUUGAGUCAGUGGAGAAAGCCUAGAAGGACGUUCAAAGAUCUGUGGGAUGCCAUAACAGAGAACUCACCUGAAGAUCUGAAAGAAUUUAAGGAGGAACUUGGGAUUGAGCACGACGAAGAUGUUGGAGUAAGCUUGCAGACAUUUGCAGGUCUACAGCAGCCUGUUAACAAGCGAUUGAGAAGCAACUAAUGGACAGCAGUCUAAUUAAAGAUUUGGGUGCCA